AUGAUUCAUCCUAUGGAUGAUGGAUAUGUUGAGAUUGGUGUCAAAGGUACCUCCCCUCCUCUCCAUCUGGACGAUUCAACACCCGACUCAACCCGCAGGUUCCCGAUCCUCCUCCUAGAUCGUACUAGAGAUAUUCUGUACAUUGGCGCCGUCUGUGGGGACCUGCGACAGUCGAACCGGAUGGAGGGCAUCCUGGAGGAUAACCCAUCAAGCCAGGACGACUCCCAACCGCGUCGUCCGACCUCAGAACACCAUGAAACCACAAACCAAGCAAAAAUAGCAAGCACCAUCCACCACGCAAACGAACACGUCACGACGGACCCACAACAUCCUGAGAAAGCCAGGGACAAAGCGGCACAAAUCAUCCAGGAUCUCUGUCUCCGGGUCCAAGAACUUGAAGGCAAACUAACUAACAGAGAAAAACACAAUAACGAGUAUGGAAGCCAGGCAACUUCCAGGUCAAAAUCCCACCGCGGCAGGUCGCCAAUCCGGCAACACAAUAGGAGAGAUGAUCGCAGCACCUCACGCAACCGCCGACGCGAGAAAUCGCCCGAACGACGAUACAACAAAAAACACCAUCGCAGCGCUUCUCGGGAUCUAAGUUGUCAACACGAUUCAGACGAAGACCGGAGAUACCGAAGCACCAAACGCACGAGAAGCGACCACACCAUAAUGGGAGCUACACCCUUCACAGAAGGAAUCUUAAGAGCAAAACUCCCUAGAGGGUUCGACAAACCCACCGACAUGAAGUACGACGGAACUAAAGACCCUCAGGAGCACCUAACGGCCUUCGAGGCCAGAAUGAACUUAGAAGGAGCAUCCGACGCAGUCCGAUGCAGAGCCUUCCCAGUAACCCUUGCCGGACCAGCGAUCAAAUGGUUCAAUGCCCUCCCGAACGGAUCCAUAACCAGCUUCCACGACAUCACAAGAAAAUUCAUGGCCCAGUUCACAACCCGAAUCACGAAGGCCAAACACCCCAUCAGCCUGUUAGGGGUCACACAGAAGCAAGAAGAAUCCACGAGAAAAUACCUUGACCGCUUCAACGACGAAUGCCUGACGGUCGACGGACUCACGGACUCCGUUGCCAGCCUCUGCCUAACUAACGGGCUCAUGAAUGAAGACUUUCGCAAACAUCUCACCACCAAACCAGUAUGGACCAUGCACGAAAUCCAGAACGUCGCCAAAGAUUACAUCAACGACGAGGAAGUCAGCCAGGUCGUCGCUGCCAACAAACGGCAGCACGUCGCCACCCAACACGGCAACCCGACUCCCCGUCAUAACGCACCACCCAAAGAGAACCAACGAGAUCGCCUCAGACCGACCUCCCGACCACCAAGAAUAGGAAAAUUCUCCAAUUACACCCCCCUAACAGCACCAAUUACUGAGGUAUACCACCAAAUAGCAGAUCGAGGCAUCAUCCCCAGGGCUCGACCACUCAAGGAAAGGACAGGAGGAAACAAAGCCCUCUACUGCGACUAUCACCGCGGAUACGGCCACAAAACACAAGAUUGUUACGAUCUUAAAGACGCCCUUGAGCAGGCCAUACGAGACGGCAAACUCCCAGAGUUCGUCAAAAUCAUCAGAGAACCAAGGCGCGUCGACAGAGACAAAUCACCAGAAAGAGAAGGACGCAACCCGAGAACUCAAAAACCACCCCCCAGGGAAAACCCCGAAGAAGAUCCGACCAUCAUAGUGAACGUCAUCACGGGCAAGGACGUGUCGAAUAAGUCAAAACUAACAAUGAAAAAAGACCUCAAGAUAAUGGCCGUCAAGCACCACGACCCAGUCAACAUUACCGACAACACGAUAACUUUCUUACCCGAGGACUGCCAACACGGCACCUCGGCCGAAGACGCCCCCUUCGUCAUAUCAGCUCGAAUCGGAACAGGACUAGUAAGAAGAAUACUGGUGGACACCGGUGCCGACUCCAACAUCCUCUUCCGAGGAGCCUUCGACAAACUCGGGCUCCGCAACGACAACCUCCAAACGCACCGCCACGGCGUCACGGGCCUCGGAGACAACUUCCUCAAACCAGACGGCUCAGUUACUCUUCCGAUCACCAUAGGAACAAGCAAUCAGAGAAAGACGAUCUUAUCCGAAUUCGUCGUCCUAAAAGACUCCACAGCCUAUAACGUCAUUCUCGGGAGGAAAACGAUCAACGACUUCUCGGUAGUCAUCUUUACCAAAUACCUCCUCAUGAAAUUUAGGGCCGACGACGGCACCAUCGGAACCAUUCACGGAGACCGAGAAGUCGCAGCCGAAUGCGACAACAAUAGCUUAGCCCUAAGAAAAAAAUCCCGGGACGCAGCCGGAAUAUUCCUCGCCGACCUAGACGCACGGUUAGACGGCCAACCUAGACCGGAACCAGAAGGAGACAUGGAAAAGCUACAAAUCGGGCCAACCAAAGAAGAAUACACGUUCAUCAACAGAAACCUCCCAUACGACCUCAAAGAAGAACUCUCCCGACUUUUGAAACAAAACAGAGACCUAUUCGCAUUUACACCAGCCGAUAUGCCGGGAAUAAGCCCCAACCUGAUGUCCCACCAUCUGGCAGUAGACCCCCUAGCCAAACCCGUGGCGCAAAGAAGACGGAAAAUGUCACCAGACCGAGCCGCCGAGGACGCCUUCCCCUUACCAAACAUCGACGGGCUAGUGGACGCAGCAUCCGGCCACCGAUACCUCAGCUUCAUGGACGCAUAUUCAGGCUACAACCAGAUCCCGAUGCACCGACCAGACGAAGAAAAGACAGCAUUUAUCACCCCAGAUGGAACCUACUGCUAUAAAGUAAUGCCCUUCGGCUUGAAAAACGCCGGAGCCACCUACCAGCGACUUGUCAACAAAAUAUUUCGAGGCCUAGCCGGAAACAAAAUUGAAGUCUACAUAGACGAUAUGCUCGCCAAGACGGAAUCCGGUGAGCAACUAACCGACGACCUCAGGGUAAUAAUGAACACCCUGCGAGAACACCAAAUGCGACUCAACCCUACAAAGUGUGCCUUCGGAAUGGAAGCAGGAAAAUUCCUCGGCUUCAUGAUCACGCAACGCGGAGUUGAGGCAAACCCAGAAAAAUGCCGUGCCGUCCUUGAGAUGACAAGUCCCAAAAACCUCAAAGAAAUCCAAAAACUCACCGGCCGACUGACCGCACUAUCCCGGUUCCUCGGAGCAUCGGCCCAAAAGGCAACCCCUUUUUUCAAACUUAUGAAAAAAGGAACCCCCUUCAAAUGGGAGAAAGAAUGCGAAGAAGCUUUCCAACACUUUAAAAGGGUCCUAACGGAACCUCCAAUCCUCGCAAAACCUCAAACAGGGGAAACACUAUACCUGUACCUCUCCAUAACGGAAGAAACAAUCGCAGCAGCACUCGUCCGGGAAAACGAGAAAAAGGAACAAAAACCCAUAUACUUCAUAAGCAAGGUCCUACAUGACACAGAAGCCCGCUAUUCGCGAUUAGAAAAACUGGCUUUCGCACUCCUCUCGGCAUCCCGACGACUACGACAAUACUUCCAGGCCCACCCCAUAACGGUCCGAACCGACCAAACGGUCCGAACCGACCAAACGGUCAAACAGGUACUACAAAAACCCGACCUAGCAGGAAGAAUGCUAGCAUGGUCCAUCGAGUUAUCCCAAUUCCAGAUCAGGUUCGAACCCCGAAACGCCAUCAAAGCACAGGCCUUGACCGACUUCAUCGCUGAAAUGACUCCGACCAAACUAACACCCGAACCAUGGAAACUGCACGUCGAUGGCUCAUCAAACUCCACUCACGGAGGCGCCGGAAUUAUACUCGAAAAUCAAAACGGGAUCACAAUUGAACACUCAAUAAGAUACGACUUUCCAGUAUCCAAUAACCAAGCAGAAUACGAGGCCCUCUUGGCAGGCCUAAACCUAGCCCGGGAAGUCGGCGCCAAGGUACUCGAAGUUAACACCGAUUCCCAGGUGGUGUGCUCCCAAAUCAAUGGGAGCUACCAAACCCGAGACCCCCUGCUCCAACAAUACCUCAAUAAAGUAAGUGAAUUAAAAGAAGGAUUCGAAAACGUCUCCAUACAGCACGUCCCCAGGGAGCGAAACGCCAGGGCGGACCUACUUUCCAAGCUAGCCAGCACGAAGUCAGGACACGGCAACAGAUCGCUAAUCCAAGAGGUCGUUAAGUCGCCUUCCGUAUCAACAGAAAUCAAUGCACACCUAACAUCCUCAAACCGGGAGUCUUGGACAUACCCUAUCUUGCAAUAUCUCCGCGACGGAGUCCUACCACCAGAACCGAAAGAGGAGAGGCGAAUAAAAAGAGAAGCCGCCAACUACACAAUCAUAGCGGGACAACUAUACAAACGCGGAUUCUCGCAGCCCCUACUUAAAUGUGUCGAACCCGGAGACACGGAAUACAUACCCCGCGAGAUCCACGAAGGCUGCUGCGGUCACCACAUCGGAGGAAAAACGCUAGCCCAAAAAAUCAUCAGGGCCGGCUAUUUCUGGCCCACGAUCAUUCGAGAUUCCAUACAACUAACAAAAAGCUGCGACAAAUGCCAAAGGCAUGCCAAUAUCCACCAAGCCGCCCCACACCAACUUAGUGUUAUAUCGGCUGAACGGCCAUUCGGCAGUUGGGGAAUCGACCUCGUCGGGCCCUUCCCCACGGCACCCGGCCAACUCAGAUAUCUUAUCGUCGCCAUAGACUACUACACCAAAUGGAUUGAAGCCGAACCCCUGGCCUCCAUCACGGCAACCCAAUGCCGGAAAUUCGUCUGGCGACAGAUCAUUACCCGGUUCGGAAUCCCCGAGGUCAUCAUCUCCGACAACGGAACCCAGUUCACAGACAAAAAAUUCAGAGAACUCCUAGAAGGAUUGCAUAUAUCCCAUCGCUUCAGCUCGGUAGAACAUCCCCAAACAAACGGACAGGUAGAAUCUGCCAACAAAAUUAUCGUUAAAGGACUUAAGAAACGACUUGACGAAGCCAAGGGAUUAUGGGCAGAUGAGUUGGGAUCAGUCCUGUGGUCGUACCGAACAACACCCCAAACGAGCACGGGAGAAACGCCCUUCCGAUUAACAUACGGCGUAGAAGCAAUAAUCCCAGUGGAAAUCGGGGACCCCAGCCCCAGAAAAACGGUUGGAGGUAACGACAAAAAAGCAGAACGAGACCUCGUAGACGAAGAAAGAAGCAUAGUCCACGUCAAAGAAUUAGCACUCAAACAAAGGAUCAGCCUAAGGUACAAUCACGGCGUCAUCCGACGAGAAUUCGCGGACAACGACCUCGUCCUACGACGAAACGAUAUCGGCCUUCCGACCCCAGGAGAAGGAAAGCUCGCCCCCAACUGGGAAGGACCAUACAGAGUCAAGGCCGUAAUUGGAAGAGGAGCGUAUAAACUCGAACGACUAGACGGCAGCGAAAUACCAAGAACUUGGAACGCAGCCAACCUACGAAGAUACUAUACUUAA